AGCUGUGUUCCACAUCCAAGUCCUAACGUCUUCCGGCGGAGCCGAACACACCCACACACACGUAUAAUCCUAUUCCGAAAUAGGAAUACCAUGUUCCUGCUGCACAGGCCUAUUCUCGUGCAUAACACUCUAAUCCGGCUUCCUAAGCCUCAUCAUGCUCUUACUUAUUCCCGUUUCCAAACAACCCGAGUCUUCAAUCCUUCCCCCUUUCCCAAUUUCCAGAGUCGCCGGACCACCGUACUUCCUCCACGAAACGUGACUGUUUUUUCGACAUCAUCAUUGCGGGAGCCGGAGCCGUUUCCGCCAGAGCUGCGACCGGAGCUGAUGCCGAAGCACGUGGCCGUGAUUAUGGACGGAAACAGGAGGUGGGCCAAGAUACGGGGAUUGCCGGCACCGGCGGGUCACGAGGCCGGCUUGCAGACGAUGAGGAGGAUUAUCGAUCUGUGUUGCGAUUGGGGGAUUAAGGUUCUGACGCUUUUCUGGUUUUCUUGCGAUAACUGGGCUCGUCCAAAGGAGGAAGUUGAUUAUUUGAUGAGUCUAUUUGAAAGAACCAUAGCCAUGGAAAUUGAAACUUACAAGAGUCAACUCUUUUCGUGGUAUACAUGUUACAGGGAAGGGAUUCAAAUAUCAGUAAUAGGAGACACAUUGAAACUCCCAGCCUCUUUACAGAGAACGAUGAUCAGUGCAACAGAGACGACGAAGCAGAACUCGAGACUCCAACUGCUCAUAGCAGUUAGCUAUAGCGGCAGAUACGACGUCGUGGAAGCUUGCAAAGCUGUAGCCGAGAAGGUCAAAGAUGGUGUCGUUCAGGUGGAAGACAUUAACGAAGGCCUCAUUGAGAAGGAACUAGAAACUAAGUGGACCGGGUUCCCGAACCCGGACCUGAUGAUUCGAACCGGAGGCGAGCUCAGAGUGAGCAAUUUCUUGUUGUGGCAAAUGGCCUACACAGAGCUAUUCUUUGAUCCUCAUCUUUGGCCUGAUUAUGGUAAGGACCAGUUUGUGGAAGCCUUGGCUUCGUUUCAACAUAGGCAAAGACGUUUUGGUGGGUCACGUUCAUAACUCAGAGAAAUUUUUAUGAGAGCAUUUUUAUAAUGCUUCGCACAUAGACGCUCCACGUGCAACAUAUGAGAGCAAUUUUUUACUUUGAAACGCUCUGUAAACGUUUCUCUAUGUUCUUUCCCUGUCUCAAAACUUUGCUGGAGCUUUUUCUUCUAGAAACACUCUCAUAAAUGUUAUUCUCUAGGCUUUUUUUUUUUUUAAAAUAAUAGUCUCUGCUAUUAAAAAUAUCGCUCAAUGUCCUUGAAAA